GACCUUACUAUAAUAAAUGAACAUGGUCAUGUAUACUAUCGACAUUAUACUGAAAAUGAUUAUACUGGUCAAGAACAUAAAUUCAUUGUUAAAAUUUUAGAAGUUAUUGAUAAUGAAUUUUAUAUCUAUGCUAGAGAUAUCAAUUUUAUUAAUACUC